UAUUUGCGGGGCUUCAUUACCAGUUCCCUUUAUUAACUAUGAUUUGGACCAGCUUGAAACAAGCUAAUUGCCUUGCGUAUGAACGUAUGAGGAAGGCAAGGCUAAGAGAAAAGAUAGCACCAUGUUGAUUUACAGUUUUAUGGGUGUGGUAAAAAAAGUGUCAAGAAAAUUUUGCCGAAGGGAUUAAUUAAAAUCUUAGUUAACUAGUCAAUAUUGUUCUAUAUGCUGGCUAAAUUGUCAUGUUAACCGCUUUGUGUCGCGGCUCCGAAGUAUGGCCUCUUGAUCUCUUUUAUACCCAUUGUGUUUAAAUUCAAUCGAGCCGAGAGUUGCAAACGGUACUUACAAAACUAAGAAAACCCUUUAGGAACUAUCCUCAGCGGACCAAGAAACUUUGAUAAAAGCCGAGGGAUUGCUAUUUAGCUCCACAGUUUUGGAAAAACACAGGCGAGAAGAGAAAUCUUUACUUAUUGAGAAGUCAGAGUUGAUUUGAUUUUCCAGGUAGGUUCAAAACGUUCUUAGUAAAUUUAUAACCAUGGCAGAAACAAAUAUCAGAAUAACUAUGGUGUUUUUUUUUAUAGUAAGAGAGUUAAAAAAAAAUGUUUGGCAUAUGUGCGUGGUGAUAAUUCAAAUUAUUGCUACCUCCUCGUCCAAGAAAACAACCAAACCAAUUAAUCGUGUUUGGUUCGCUGCUUAUUAAGAGAAGAAGUCGGGCAACACGCUGUUUGAAGCCAAAUCGCGCCCGUAAAGGCCUUCCGAGUGCUAAAAAAAGAGUUAAAUUUAAUUCUUGACUGACAGGUCGCACGGCAGAAAUACGACGUUUGGAAGAGGCCUAAGCUUCUAGAAGUAAAAUGAACGGAUAAUUAUGGAGCGAAAAAUUAUUUCAGUUUAAUACUGGGCGACCAACGCGCGCAUUCAGUGUUUGUUUGAUACAGCAUUGAUGCCUUUAAAGCAAACAACCUCGAGAGUUAGCUACACGUAGAAAUAACACGAUUGCGAAACGUUUAGUCGCGGUUAAUUAUGUAGCAUCUAUUUAUGCAUCUGACCUGGAUUUUUGACCAUUUUUAAACAUCUGGGCUGCUUUAUUGUUAGGCUAUUGUUCUAAACAGGUGAUUAUGCAAACAGGUGAUUAUGCGAACCACUCCCAUUUUAAAACAAAACUUUUGAUAUGAGUAAAACUUUUCUCAAUCUUUCAAAAUUGUAUAUAUUGGAAAGAAUUCUUGGGCUGUUUAGUGUUAGUCAGUGAUUCUUGACCAAUGGACCACUGUACGUUCGUUGUCGUUUCAGAUGACUGGCUUUGUUCUACUAUUGCCGGCAUUUCUCUUUUGGCUCCAGGCCCCAACGGGAUGUCACGGUCGCCGUGCAAGUUCAAGUUCCCCGGAUAUUAGCUAUGCUAUCCUGAUUGACGCUGGAUCGACGGGCAGUCGGAUGUACAUCUACAAAUUCAACUUGAACGGAAAUGGAAAAGUUGACAGCGUUGACGAUGUUGAAGAACUGACCAACUCGCUUGGAAAAGUCAAACCGGGGCUUUCGUCGAUGCUUAACAAACCGGACGACAUCGAGGCGUACUUUCAGAAAUUAUUUGACGAAGCUGACAAGAUUAUCCCAAAAGAAAAACAGAGCUCUACUCCUUUUGUCGUGCUAGCGACCGCUGGUAUGCGCCUAUUGCCCGAGCCAGAUCAAGAUGCCAUCAUGAAUAAGGUAAAAGAAAUACUGAACAGCGAUGACUCGCCAUUCCUUUUCAAAGAUGACAAUGUCCAAGUUAUUUCAGGGAAAGAAGAAGCUAUCUUCGCCUGGAUCACCGUAAAUUUCAUUCAAGGCGUGUUGACUUCGCCAAAGAGACGGGGCUUUUCUUGGGGCGUCUUAGACAUGGGCGGGGCCUCGACCCAAAACACAAUGAGUCUUUUCAAGAAGCCUAGACACAGUACGACCGUAAAACUGGGAAAGAAAAUCUACAGAUUGUUCGCCAGAAGCUAUUUGGAUAUGGGGCUGGCAAGGAUUCACGAUCGCUAUCUGGAGUUUCUGGAUCAGUGGAAAAACAAAUCGUUAGCCAACGUGGGUGGUCUGGAAUAUGCCAAGAGUCCUUGUCAUCAUGAAGGCUUCAUGGGAUCGAUCGGAUCCGAAAGCAUGAAUGUUAUUGGACAGCCUAACUCGGAGGUGUGCCGCAAACUUAUCAAUGAUAUGUUGUUCUGUGAGAAUCGAGAGUCUGAAGAUUGUCCAUUCCAUGAUCAGCCGCAGUUAACCGGCAGAUUCAUCGCUUUCUCUGCUUUUCACACUGUGAUCGAUCGUAUAGGCGCUGUGAUAUGCGAGGACAGGCCCGUCACGGUAGAGCAAAUAGGCUGUGCUGCAAGNAAGUUCUGCUCCAAGCCGUACAACGUGGUGAAGCCGAUUGAUGAAGGAUAUGUGAAGUUCUCGUGUUUGUGGGGAAAUUAUGUGUACGAACUCUUGAGUAAAGGUUAUAAAAUGCCUCAGAACAAGCAAAUUUACGUUCAAAAGGAAUUAAAAGGGUAUUCAUUAAGCUGGAUCAUGGGAGCCGUGUUGUACAAAACUGAGUUGCUGUAAAUGUCGAGAAAUACGCGAGGAAAAUUCUUCAUCUAAGCUGAUAUGGGGUGUAUUCGUUUAGCUGUUUUAAACUUCUUCCGGUUAGAGAGCUUUUCUUUCUUUUUGUUGUCAUGGUUUCCGUAAGUAUUACUGCACUGCAAUGAACUUUUCACUUUUCAGUUUUCAUCAACAGUUAAGUGACUGAAGGUGUUUUGCUCAAUAGAAUGUGAUCUUUCCUUUUCUAAGGGACGAUAUUAUUCCUUAAGCUAGGGUAAUAUUUUGUUCAAUAGUCGAGGUAACGUUAUUAAAAGGGAUGAUCUCUUUUCAAUAAACUCGAUAACUCUAAAAUAUUGAUCGAUCUUUGCUUUCAAACCUACCACCAUGCCGCUCUAUGCCUCUUAUCCACGGAAGAGUAGAACGAAAUAUUCUCUGGUUGAUCUUAACUAAAACCGUUCUAUGGAGCACCCAUAUACCUAAACUCAAACAGAUGUUAACAAAGAGAAUAUGAGGCAAAAAUAAAAUUCCAGCUGAAAGUAGCAUCCACAUGCUUCGUUAUAAAGGACUUCGACAAAAUUCUUCCCGUAAUUCAGUUUCAGUAAACUUCCUGACGGUCUGUGCUCUAAUCGAACGAUUUUAGUUGGAGGUCACCCAUGGAAACCAGCGUUGAAUAACUGAAAAUUUUGAUCCACAAAUCUGUAUAGUCGGUCAAAUCAGGUGCCUGUAAAACCACCAUUCCUCGUGCAAAGGUCCCAGGGUCUGGGACGAGAAUCAUUUAUUUUCAUUUUAUUUUUUACUUUUUCUUUGAGGAUCAUUUAUUAUGAUGACAUGUUCUGGUUUUCACGAGGAGAAAAAUGGAAAAAGAUCGCAAAGUAUAAGCACAAUUAGAAAAGUGGUAGAGGUCUCGAGAAAAAGGUGGAAGGGCACAACAUUAACUAGUAUGCAAAAUCUAGCCAGCCAUUCCUUAAAGAGCAAGACUUUUUAAUUCUGUUCGAAGAGUUUGAAAAGUGAUGCAUGAAAAUAGUGCAGGACUUUUCUAUGGUUGAGUUUACUUAUUGCUUUCAGGUUGCCAUUGAAGAGUCGAGCGCAGAAAGUAAGGUCAAGGUGGAAAGUAACAUAAUAAUGUGCGCGCGAAAGGACGAAAGCUUAUGAGUUUAAUUUUUCUAUGGACAGGACACUGGAACAAAUCAGAAUAAUGCGAAUAAGGUGGGGGUGUGCGGCCCGCUUCCCAAAACAAAUUCCUUACCCCAUUAAUGACCUGACCAAAAAU